UAGAUGUGCUCUUCAAAAAGGAGAAGUUCACCCCAAACAAACAAAAAUGACAGAUGAAAUGUCUAUGACCCUUACAUGGUUUGCCAAUUAUACCAACUUUUAUUCUGUUUUGAGCGUCUUGUUUUGCUUUCUUGUCAUGGUUAUCUUCAUUCUUAGAUUGAAUAGUGAGAGUUUUAUGUCAUCUUCAGCAACUCACUAUCCUGUAGUAAAGGAACAGUUAAUGGUCAGUCUUCUCAACCCUUUUUGUGUCCAGUUAGAUCACACAAAAUGUAGCUCGCUGAAAGAAGGAUUAUUUCUAACUUUGUCAAUGAAAAAGGCAUCAAAAGUCAAGGUUUUAUGGGGAGUUGAUACCCAGAGAUUUCAAGAAGAACUUCAGUUCACAUCAAUUGAAAUAGCUGACAGAUUUACCAACAACAAAAUCUUUGAUGAGAGGUAUAAACAUGCUGCGGAUUGUGGGAUAAUACAAGAGGUUGAUGGCUAUAGAGAAAUAUAUUUCAAAUGUCCUGGUGAGCUCAGUGAGGAGGUACUAGGGGAGCCGCCCAGGACCUUAUAUCCUGUUGUUGUUGUUUCCCAACUUGAAGAGUGUAAUAUACAACAAGACUCCACAGCUAUUGUCAUACAGUUUACAGUGAUCCACUUGAAGGAUUCUGUUUGCAGUCUGGACUCACAUAUUGUUUACCAGUUUGUGAAAACAAACCACAACAAACUGAUGGGAUUACAGCCAAUAUUUGUGUCCACAACUGAACCAGACAGACCAAACACUAGCAAACGUACUGCAAGAAAUGGCAAAAAUUCAUCUGUGAUAAAUUCUUCUAGUCAGAAUCAUGUACAGUCAAAUGAGAUUGUCAAAGGUGAAGGUCACACCUUGUCUUCAUCAUCGAGUGAGCUGCAGCAUUGUAAAUCUUGUGGGAAAAUCAGGAAACAUGUAGAAAAUAUACCAUCAACUAGAGAGCAUGAGAAAUGUGACUGCAAAGAGAAUGACCUUGAAAAGUUUGACAAUGAAAGGUCAGAUGUCAAGGUCACUGGACAGGAAAAUAUUACCAAGGAAGGUAGUGACGAGGAAAAUGAUGCAAGCAAUGAAAAUAGGAACGAUUUUGAUAGUGUCUCUGAAAUGAAAUCUGGUCAGGUUGAGGAUAUAGCACCUGAGAUAGAGGAGUUAGAAUCUUGUUGUGUGUGUCAGAGUUUGGAAAUAUUUUACACCUUGUUGCCAUGCCGACAUGCCUGUGUGUGUAGCAUGUGUAUUAGGCUCCUGGAUAAGUGUCCAAUAUGUCGGAGCUAUAUUGAGGCAUAUUUUAGAUUACAUAGUAGGGUGAGUGAGCAAGAGUUGAGGGACAGUAUGGAAAGAAGCAAUGCUGGACCUAGGUUAAACAGAUGGCAAGCUCUUAACCGGAGACUGAAUGAAAUGUUUGGUUUUGUUUAACAUUCCUAUUCUUUGUUAUUAUUGAUUUUGUUGUUUUUAUGCCUCCGGCAUCUACUGAUGCAGGAGGAAUGUAGUAAUUGUCCUGUCCAUCCGUUCGUCCGUCCGUACAAGGUUAACCAAAUGGGACCGUUUCGUCUAGCAUCAAUACCCCUUACUAGAAUGACUUGAUACUAAUGCAGAUGUAACCUGUGACCAUUCCUCAUCUUCAGAUAUCACCUGACCUCAGUUUUGACCUUGACCUCAUUUUGGACUUUGGUUGCUUUGUAUGGACCAUCUCUUGGUUUAUAUACACAAAUGGGACCGUUUCGUCUAGCAUCAAUACCGCUUACAAGAAUAAAUUGAUACUAAUACAGAUGUAACCUGUGACCAUUCCUCAUCUUCAAACAUCACCUGACCUCAGUUUGACCUUGACCUCGUUUUGGACUUAGGUUGCUUUGUAUCGACAAGGAUACCACCGGGGGCAGGGCUCCGGAAAUUUUGAGAACUCAAUCGGUCGGAAACGAAAAUCAUGACAUCGGCGCUACCCCACCCACCACAUUACCAAUAUACCAUAUUUGUAAAACGUGAUAGAGUAAAGAAAUAAGCAUGUCAGUAAUUAAGAAUGAUUUACCGGUCAUCGCGAGUUACCAUACAAUGAAAACAGUUAUUCAGUGUUACAUGUGAUCGUUACUUUGUUUAAAUUUCGAUGUUUUUCCGAGAAGAUACUUGCAGAGAUAAAAUUGCCGAGGCAUUGACACCGUGUACCUAACUAGUCUAAAAGCCAAUGCACGUGACUUCGGUACCGUAUUCACGGCAGAAACUUUUUGAUGUUUCCUCAUUCUUUGAUGGAAUUUUAUAAAAUACAAUGCGUCAAAGUGAAAUGUUCUCUGCCAAACAUCCUCAGUGUUUUAAGAAUACUCUGUCGGGGACCGAAUGUGUACGUUAUGUGAACGCUGAGAUCGAAUGUCCCCGCAUGUAUAGUACCAAAAGGUCACGCGGGUUGGCCACGGAUAUUUCAUUUCACUGACGUUGUACUUCAGUAAGCAACUACAAUUUAUAAAGUUAUAUGUUCUCUUCUGGUGUAAACAAAAUUUCAUUUUGAAACGUUUUUUUAAAAGACUGAUUUGAUAAAAAGUGCCACUCCGGUUUUCUUUAUCAUUUGUGUUUGCCAGUCCAUUUUUUUUUUCUUUCUUUUUUUUUUUUUUUGUACAGUCGGGUUGCAAAGACGAUUUU